CCCAAGCUUGGGGAAGCUUAUUUUUGAGGCUGGAAAUGCAAAGGAAGCGUGCUGCAGAAAACAAUUGGUGUAGUCUAGCUGGCACCAGGUUGCAGCUGCACUCGCCUGCCUGCCGUGCCUGAUAUGGCUGCUGUCAAUGAAGGCAAUUGUAUGCAGAGCACUGCUGGGCUGUCAGCUGCGGCUCCCGAAGGGCUGGUUGCAGUAUUUUGGUGAUGUCUGAAGAUGCAGGCAGAUGUUGGGAGAACAAAGCAACCACACUGAGCAAGGCGCCAGAACCACGGCACAAGGAAGAAAACCUUCUUCUUUUAACCCGACUGCCUUUGAAGAAGGGACUCAGACAUCUUCAUGGCCUCUAAAGAUGCACAGAACCAGAGAAGAGGUCUGCCCAGUUUUCUUCCCGGAGCUCCAGACCCAGACCAUGGCGUUCACAUCCCGUCCAAUUCAGGGAACUUAGUGUGGCAGCCGGGUCUCCCUCCACCAGGCAGUCUCCCUCCUGGUCUGGAAUAUUUAAGCCAGUUAGACCUGAUAAUUAUACACCAGCAGGUGGAACUUCUUGGAAUGAUACUUGGCACUGAGACCUGCAACAAAUACGAGAUUAAAAACAGCUUGGGACAAAGAAUUUACUUUGCGGUGGAGGAAAGCAUCUGCUUCAACCGUACUUUCUGCUCCACGCUGCGCUCUUGCACACUGAAGAUCACCGACAACUCAGGCCGGGAGGUCAUCACAGUCAGCAGGCCCUUGAGGUGUGACAGCUGCUGGUGCCCUUGCUACCUACAAGAGUUAGAAAUCCAAGCCCCUCCUGGUACUAUAGUUGGUUAUGUUGCACAGAAGUGGGACCCCUUUCUGCCUAAAUUCACAAUCCAAAAUGCAAACAAAGAAGAUAUUUUGAAAAUUGUUGGUCCUUGUGCGACAUGUGGCUGUUUUGGCGAUGUGGAUUUUGAGGUGAAAACUAUUAACGAAAAGCUUACAAUUGGAAAGAUUUCAAAGUACUGGUCGGGCUUUGUAAAUGACGUUUUCACCAAUGCUGACAACUUCGGAAUUCACGUUCCUGCAGAUCUAGAUGUCACAGUCAAAGCAUCGAUGAUUGGUGCCUGUUUUCUCUUUGAUUUUAUGUUCUUUGAACAUUCACUGGCUGGAUUAUAACAAGCAAGAUGACAAAAACAAUAAAAUAUGCAGAACAUAUUUCAAAAUCCCUUGGGCUCUGGAUUUCAUUUCUGAAUGGUCUGAGUAUUAGAUUUUUUUUCUUUUGGUAACAAAAUGUUAAUUAUUAUAUUUAUUAAAGCAUAAUGUAAUGAAGCAAUUAUCUGGUUGUGAAUGCAUGAUAGUUAAAGACGUGAUGACUGGCCCCAGCACAGUGUUGCUUUGAGAGAUUAGCAUUCUUUCUUUUUAUCCUUUGAAGUUAUUGCAUGGUAAGCAUGAAAGAUGAGAGCUAAGGCUUGCAGCAUCACUGAUGAAAAUUCAAUGUUUAGAAAGCACUUUGAAGUUUUUCUGGUACUAGGGCUGCUUGCUAAUCAAAAGGACUGGACUUCUAAAGUAUUUUUUUUCAUAGUCUUUUUUACUGUUUAUUAAUCUUCUUAUUACAGUGAGACGUUUUUACGUUAUACUGGAAAAGUUAAAAGUUGGGUAAAUAAUAUGUUUAAAGAUGAGACGCAAGAUAGACGAAAUCAAUUUGUUCUAGUGGCAAAAGGCAUGCUUACCUUCUAUAAGGAAGCUAAUAUUUACAAAUCAAAGCAUGCUUUAAAUGCAUUCCUGUGCUAGAGAUUUAAAUAAGCAUAUUAAUAGACUUCUAAGUUGGUAAAAGCAGUGGAUAGAGUAGAAACUUUAUCUAUUUGCAGAAAAAGUUCAUUCCAAAAAUGAUCUAAGGCUCUGAAAAAAUGGACAAUUCCCAGGACUUAAAAACAAGCAAACAAAAACAAACAAACCUUAACACAUGAGGCAAAUGCAGAAGUCAGGAAACUGCCAAUUCCCUUAGUUAAUGCCUUCCAUCCUAAUGUUUUCAGAGUCGUCCAGAUUAUUACAUCUAGUUAUCCGCACAUUCCCAAAGUCCAUAAAAGAGGAAAAUUUCUUUUUGUGAAUAACAAUAAUCCCUCUCCUCUUUUCAAAAUGAGGAAACAAAUUUGUUUUAAGCAAAGCACCAUGUAGGCUCUACUUUAGAAUUACACAAAUACUACCCAAAUCUCCAUCCACAAAUAAGGUGUUUAAAGAAUCUCCAGAUAAUCGCCCACUUAGUAAAGGGAAUGUGAUCCAAGCUUCUGUUACUCAGUUCUUUGGAAUUAGGAAUGUAUCAUCUGGAAAUAACCUUGUAUGUGGUAGUUAAGGUCCUCAAAUAGCCCACAUCAGUUUGGUUCUGGGUUCUGGGUUAAGGGUUUUGACUGGGUAAGAUGAAGGGAAAAGAGUCUUUCCUCUAUUUUCUGGUUCAGUUUCCUUUAGCAUUCUUCAUCCUUACUUGACACCUUUCUGAAUGCCUUUCUGGAAGGGAACAGAAGUCCUAUGUGCUGUGAUAGACGUCACCCUGAGUCCGGCUCUGCUGUGUGCUAGCCGUGCAUCCGUAAACCGAGCAUGGAGUCUUUCUGAACCUCCUCAGGCUUCCAGUAUGUUACCUUGCAGAGCUUUGUGAUGCAUCAGGGGAGUGAAGCUUUUCCUCUGUUUUCUUUUUAUCUUACUUUAUCUUACUAAUGUGUGUGUGAUUUAUGGUCAUUUACAACCAGCUAAAGGAAAUGGCAGUUUUUAAGCUGAUGCUUAUUAACCAAUAAAAUAGGGAGAAUAGCUAACAUUUUCUGCAGGCUUAUUACAAGCUAGACAUUAGGCUUGCUAUGAAUUCUUGGUGGGAGAGCAAAAUGAAAUGAAAAUAAAGAAGCAUCAGGCAGUAUGUUGAAGACUGCCUGGCAACCCAUCCUUCCUCCUCCCCACCCUGCACUCCAUGUCCCAAAUUUUCUCCCUAAAGAUGAUCCUGCUUUCAUAGCUUCUUCUUGUCCUUUACUUCGAUUUCUAAAAUGAAAGAUUUUUUUGUAACUGCUGUCACAACAGCAGCAGUUGAAACUUUCACAGUGGGGUAAAGAUGAGAGAAAGAAUACACCAUUCGUAAAUACAGUCUUUUAAUGACAAACUUUUGGAUUUAGGGAAAAAAAUUCAAAUACCCUAAAACUAAAGAAAAGAGCUACUUGAUACCUACAUCUCAUGGAGACUUCCCAAGGAUGAAAAUCCUUCUGAGAACAUGGCACUCAUUUUAAAGUUGGCUGUAUUAACUAAAGACCUGCUAUGGUAUUUUCUCCUGCAUUGGCACAUAUGACAAAUUAGAACCCAUUCUUUCUCCCCUUCUUCAUGAAAGGUGAAACUUAUCUUUAAAUGUCUUCCAUGCACCACUUUUACUACCAAACAUGAGCCCAUGAAAGACUAGCAAGACUCUUGCUACUCAGUGAACAUUUUAAUGAAAAGAAUGCAGCUCUAGAAUGAGAUGGGUCCUCUACGCAUCAAUCACUGCCUUUCCUUGGCCCACUGUGUUCUCAGAACAGAGGUUCCAACUCUGUUUACUCUGAAAUAUACUGGCAAAGUCUUGACAAGAUGCAAAUGCCUCUCUUUCUUUCUUUCUUUCUUUCCUUCUUUCUUUCAUUAUUUUAACAAAUACAUAUUUACUCUUAAUAUGCCAAAAAAUACAGUUGUCCCCCACCUCUUAUGGAGCUUACAGUUUAGUUAAAGAGACAGCUACUGAUCCAAUAAUGACACAAGCAAAACUUAGAUUUCACAGAUGAGAAAUGUUUACAGAAGGUAGACAAGGUCUUAAGUAAGGUAGGGGUAUGUGGCUUGGUCAGGGAGUGAGAGAAUGAUGGUGGAUUUAAUAUGUGAAGAAUAAUUCAGAGCAGAAGGAAGAAUAUUUUAGGCUGAGGUACUAACAUUUACAAAAGUAUCUCUGGUGGAGGAAGAGGGAGACAUGACAAUCUCAAGUGACUUCAAGAAGGCCAAUGACUGAAGUUCAGACAAUGAAGAAGAAUGUGGUACAAGAUGAGGAUGAAUGGGGUCUGUAGGCCAUGGUAAAGAUUUUACACUCUGUCCUAUUAGCAAAGCAUCUGAUAUAAUUUUGUAAGGAUAGAGUUGACUGAUGAAAGAUUAGAUUGGUGAGAGGGCUGGAGAGGAUGCUCGUGGACCAAUUAGUGUUCCUAAAGUAGUUUAGGUGACAGCAAAUGGUAGCUUGGAUUAAUGUGGCACUCAUAAAAGGAGAGAAGUGGGCAGAUUCAAGAUACUCUUACGAGGUAAAAUCACCAUUACUUGAUGCUGGGUUGAAAAUGGAGAUUCAAAGGAGAAAGGGCAUUUCUGGCCUACACCAUUUAGUGACAGACAGAAUAUGAGAAGGGGAUCUGGUUUGGUGGUAAAAAAAAAAGAACAUGGAUUCAGUUUUAAGCACAUUAAACUUGUAUUGCCUUUAAGUUUUCCAAAAGGGCAUAUCAAAUGGGCAGAUGGGCAUGUUUUCAUCUAGUGUGCUUCUGAAGCGAGAGAUGAGCUUAUGAGAAAUGUAAUAUGGAUCCACAGAGAUUUGAAUAAUCUCUGGUUUACUUCAAAGAUGUCCAUAACAAGUAUUUUUAAACAUGCAUGGACAAUGAAUUCAUUCAUUAAUCUAAAUAAUAUUUUAUGGAAUUCCUUCUAUGCACUAGGCACUCUAUUAGGCAGUGGAGAUGUUAUGCUAAGUGACCAUUAUUGUAAAGAUGCCUUCAACAAAUAUUUGUGAAGUUCAUACUAUGUGCUAGGUACCAAUGUCAGCAAUAAGUUGCAGCAGUGAACAAAGCAACAAGGUACCUGCCCUCGUAGAGCUUACAUCCUAAUACAGAUAAAUAAACCCACAGACAACAAAAAUAUCAGGUAAGCAUAGGUGAUCACAAAUACUGAUAAAGAUUCUAUCAUUUACUACCUAAAACAACUGAAUAUAUUGCUUGCUCAGGCAAGGGAGAGCUGAGCUUGUAAGACACAGUUUAAAAGAAAAGAAGAGAGUUUAUUAGAGUUUUGGAAAAGUGUGGAGUUUGGAAGUUGGAGUGUGGACUUUAGCUAUGGAAACAUGUUUACUAGAGUAAGACUGCGGCUGACUGGCUGACUGUCAGAAAUCUAUCUGUUCACUGGAUGGAAGCCGUUGCUGAUUAUCUGAUUUUCAGGGGUCAAUUGCAUGGGAUGUAGCUGAUUUUCUCUCAGAAGAGUGUCCAGUUUGUAAUCAAUCACUGACUGACGACAGUCUGAUACAGGCACACCUCAUUUAUUGCACUUCACUUUAUCACACUUCAGAGAUACUGCGCUUUUUACAAAUUGAAGUUACGUGGCCACCCUGCAUGGAGCCAGUCUACAACAGCAUUUCCAACAGCAUUUGCUCGACUCAUUCUCUGUGUCAUAGUUUGGUAAUUCUUGUAAUAGUCCAAACAUUUCAUUAUUAUGAUAUUUGUUGUGGUGACCUGUGAUCAGUGUUGAUGUCACCAUUAUACUUGUUUUGGGGGCACUAUGAACAAGGCCCUUAUAAGGAGGUGAAUUUAAUUGAUAAAUAUUGUUUGUGCUCUGACUGCUCCACCAACCGGCUGUUCCCCCAUCUCUCUCUCUCUCUCUCCUUGGGCCUUCUUAUUCC